GGUCGAUAAAUCGGAAAAGUCUCCCAUCAUCCGCAGGAGCUCGGUGAUUCGAACCGAAAAGUCAAUUGAGAAAAUCUUCAGUGUGUUUCACUUUGUGUCUGCCUCCUGUUCUAAAUAGAAGUGGUGAGGGUCCUUUGAUCCUUGUUUUUUGUGUUGUUGAGGCAGACAGGUGGAUACUGUUGUUGGCCAACAAAGCGGACGUGCUUCGACGAAAUACAUAGCGAAAGAGAAGUUGAAUUUCCUGAUUCUCUACGUAUCAAGCGUGCGUGUGUGUGUAUGUUACGAUCGGUGAUUCGGAUUAAUAUUUUAUGAGAGAAAAAGGAUAUUCCUAGCAUUGCUGGAAUUAAUUUCGCUGCAGUUAACUAGGAUAUUGAUCCGAUUCGUUCAGUGGUUCCGCUUUAAAGACGUGCGACAGUGAAAAGUUUUGAAAGCUUUCUGCUUAUCCUUGCCAGUGGACAGGCAAAGACAAACGAAAAUCCCUUGUUGUGGCGAGCGAGACGAUCAUCGCAACAUGGUAUAGGAAGAAAGAAAGCAGCUCGAUAUCUCCGUCCCACGUGAGACGUUGGCGAGGACCUAAUCAGCUGUCAACUUGGGAAGUAUUUCCCAGCAUCCCGUGCAGACACGUAGCAGUGUGGUGUUUUGCUUUUAUUUCGGUGUUGGUUGGUUUGGUGAGUGAUUUUUCUCACUGAGGUGCGGUUGUGUUGGUGCUGGUCGUGAAUUUAUUGUCUAGGAGGGAAAUCAAAUCGCAAAAAAAAAAACCCAGGAGAGCCGUACGAAGCAACAAACAAAUAGGGGAAAAUAUUGUGUUCUUACGAAAAAAAAGCGUGAUUUAGUCUCGUGUUUUUGUUCUAUUUACCUGAGAAACAGAGUUUUACUUUACUUGGCUGCUGACGUAGAAACAGGUUCACCCGUCGGUGGCAGCGAGAGUAGUGUGUGCGAAAUGUGAACACUGUUUUUAUUUUGCAACCAUUUACUGCUGGUGUGGGAGUGGGGUUAUUACUUACGGUUGGGAGGAAAAUUAAAUUUUAGUGGUUUUUCAUGUCACUGUUAAACUGUGACGGAGUGUGAAGGUGGUAGAAGAAACGCGUUGUGACCCUUUCUCCAGUUGCUGUUGUUUUGGAAAAAUCGUUGUCCUGCUGGCUGAAAUCAAGCUACAGAUGAAAAACAUCUGUCGUCUAAUAUCGCCCAAGUCUAGAUAGUGGAUCUCUGUUUCCACACAAACCCUGACCAGAGCACAAUAAAACGAUACAUCCCAUCGAAAGUGGCAAACAAAUCUGGGCACUCCCCUCCGAAAACGGACACGACGGAGCUUCUUAUCACAUUUGAAGCGAACUUGAAACUCGACACUUGGCGGGAAGUGAAAACGGACAAAAAGCAGGAAGUUCGAGAUUGCUUUUCCAGCUCUGACCAUCCUCAACAAAAGCUCCCUAAUUCGUUAAAGCGACGGAAGCAAAACAGAAUCGAAACAAGAAGACACCGGAGCUGGAAGCGUUUUUCCUUACCCCAUCAAUUGGCUUUUGUUUGCUCCGAACGGUAGCGUCUGUUCAUCUCUCUCGCUCUCAUUGGGGAGCGACGGAAAAGUGACCAGCAGCGGAGAAUACAAACAAAACCAUAUUAAUAGCCAAACACAUUAAGUUCGAUAUCGACGCGUGUUCGACAACGACCAAGGCCAAGAGACGACGAAGAAAUCGACGGUGACCGGUCACCGAGUGAGCAGCAAAGUUAACUCAGUGGUCAUCGAAGGGCACCCGCACUCGCGAUUGAUUGACUGUGUGGAACUAAUUUUGGAUCGUCGUUUUUCUCGUGAUUUUUGUGCGUCGGGAAGAGCGGUUUCAAAAAGCGGCUGUUUAGUGCGAUAUAAACGGGAGUGCUGUUUAGGUUUUACGUCCGAUGCCUGAAAAUGUAAAUAGAAGAGUGGAAAAUAUUCGGUGACCAAAUUAAGGCUUUCCAUUUGUGAGUGGAAAAUAACGUGUUUUUUAGGGAAGAAAGAAGCGGUGCGUCACGCGUUUGUUGUUAGUAGUUCACCACCGUUGGCUGGUGUUCGAGGAGUAACUGCUGCAAGAUUACGACCACCGACGACAAAAUGACGGAGGCCGACAACUAUGAUGAUGAGCUGGUUUCGGCAAAUCCGAAUCAACGCAACUGGCGAGGAAUUUUCAUCGCUCUGUUUGUAAUCAUCAUCGUCCUCGCGCUGAUUGUGACAUCUGUCGUUCUGCUCACUCCGCCAGACGAAGGUCCCCGGGUGAAAGGACAACGAAUCAAACUGCAGGAUAUCAUCGACGGGGAAUAUGUUCCCAAGAAGCUUAACGGAAGCUGGAUUGGGCCGGACGAGUUCCUGUACCAAAACCACUGGGGAGAAAUCAGUUUGCUCAACAUGAACAAUCUUUCCGAGCGAAUACUGAUGUCCAAUACGACACUGAAAACACUGGCACCGACCAAAUUUUCCAUCUCGGCGGACCGGAAGUUUCUGCUACUGGCACAGAACGUGAAGAAACUUUUUCGUCACUCCUUUCUUGCGCAGUACACCAUCUACGAUGUAACAACCAGCGAAACGAUCCAGCUAACCCUGAAGGCGGACAGUGACGAGUGGCCAUUUCUGCUGCACGCCGAGUUCACCCCCAAGGGCCAGGCGAUAGUACUGGUGCACACGUACGACAUCUACUACAAACCGUCGGCACGAGCCACCCAAACGUAUCGGCUCACGAGAACCGCAAUCCCGGGCAUCAUCUACAAUGGCGUUCCGGAUUGGCUUUAUGAGGAGGAAAUUCUGCAGAGCAACAAGGCGAUUUGGCUAUCGAAUGACGGCCACCUGAUGCUGUACAGCACCUUCAACGACUCGCUGGUGCAGGAGCAACAGUUCUCCUGGUACGGCAUGACCAACGGUGAUAUCAAUCUCUACCCAGAGAUCCGCUCGUUAAGAUAUCCCAAGCCGGGAACGAGGAAUCCUACAAUCACGCUGAAAGUCGCCGAUUUGGCAGACCCCAAGAGCAUACGAACCCGGGAUCUAACGCCACCGCCAAUCCUCGUGAAUCAGGAACACUACUUCACCAGUGCAGCCUGGGUGUCCCAGACCGAGGUCAGUGUCGUCUGGAUGAACCGACCGCAAAACCUCUCGGUCGUUACGCUGUGCAAGAGUCCGAUGUGGUACUGUCAAGAGACUCACCGCAUCAGUGGCGACGGACGAGGAUGGGUCGACGAAAUGUCAGUGCCGUUCUUCAGCCAAAACGGAAGCUCCUAUAUUGCCAUUUCACCGCUGCGAGACGGAACAUCAGGACAUUUUCGACAUCUCGUCCAUGUACACAUCGGCAAAAAACGAAUUAUUCCAUUGACACAUGGCCACUUCGAGGUGAACAAAAUACUCCACUGGGAUCAGACCAACAAUUUUGUAUAUUAUCUGGGCAUCCCCGAGCACUCGCCCGGACAGCAACAUCUGUAUCGUGCCUCAUCACUGCCACCGAAACAGGGCACACCACCACGUGCCCCUCGAUGCCUGACCUGUAGCCAUCAGCACAGCGGCCAUGCUCACGUGACCAAAGUGAAAGCUUCCAACCGAGUGCAACAGCAGUGGAACGACGAUUGGGAAGAAGAGCAUGGUGACGAGGAGGAGGAAGAGGAGGAGUACAUUGAAAUUCCCGUCACAACUCCAUCACCGAAGAAAAAACGACAGCCAACAGAAGAACCGCCAAGCCCACCGACACCGUGUCAAUUUUUUACGGCCAUCUUUGCGCCCAACAGUAACGAAUUUGCUUUGAUCGAGUGUCUCGGACCAGUGGUGCCAUUCAGUGCCAUAUAUCGGAUUUUGAUAGAUCCGACCAAGAGUCCAACGCAGGUCUUGUUCUUCUUGCAAAACAACACCGCACUAGCGGAAAGGAUUUCAAAAGUGGCACUGCCACAGGUGAAAUCGUUUCCGGUCAUGAUUUCCGGAGGAUAUCACGCCCAGGUGCGUCUGUUUUUGCCACCGGGAUUGCGGGAAGAUGAAAUCACGCGGUACCCGAUGGUUGUACAUGUCUACUCCGCUCCGGGAACACAGCUAGUGACCGACAAGUGGCGCAUCGAUUGGAACACCUAUCUGGCUGGAUCGAAAGACUAUAUCGUUACCCAGAUCGACGGUCGGGGUUCCAGCGGUCAGGGCUAUCAACUUCUUCAUGAGGUGUACCGCAGGCUCGGUACGGUUGAGGUCUCCGACCAGCUAGAGGUCGCCGAGUAUCUGCGGGACAGUUUGCACUUUGUUGAUAAACGACGUGUGGGCAUUUGGGGCUGGAGCUAUGGUGGUUACGCAGCUGCUCAGGCAAUGGCCAGCCCAACCUCGCUGUUCCAGUGUGGUAUCAGUGUUGCGCCCGUUACUAAUUGGAAACUUUACGACUCAACGUACACGGAGCGCUACAUGGGUCUACCGAACGUGACCGACAAUUACAAGGGCUACGAGGAUAGCGAUUUAUCAAAACACGCUGAAAAGCUGCGUGAUAAGCAAUUUCUUAUGGUUCACGGCACUGCGGACGAUAAUGUGCACUUCCAGCAGACGAUGAUUUUCUCGAAAGAACUAUCGGCGAAGGGAGCCCUGUAUAAGCAACUGAUCUACCCGGAUGAGGGUCACAACCUGCUCGGUGUGAAAAAGCAUCUCUAUCGAUCAAUGACGAUAUUCUUCGAGGAGUGCUUCCGCAAGCUGGUGCCCCAGGACGUGAAAGCAGGACUCGGCAACGGUGGCUCGAGUGAUUAAUAUUUGCUCGACUACUUCGGUAACACUGACUCAGCAUCAAGUUUCAUGUAAAAGUUUCUUCCUACUUCUUCGAUCGACUUAGAACUCGCAGUGUAGCAACAUCAACUUUCGAGCUCUGAUGGUAGGCGUUUCUUCAUAAUAGCCACGGUUCCAUGUCUUUUCGAGCUCUAUCUCGUUAUCGUUAUCCGAACGUGGGCUUAGGCGGAUGGACAAGCGGCAGAGGAUAAACCAUGGGAACCGUGGGGUAGUGUUUUUGCAGACGUUAUCUUAAAUGAAGAGUCGGUAGACCAAAAACGAAAACUCGUCCAUUAGAGGAAAAACAGCCUUGAGGGAAAAUAGAAAGAAUACGUAGGAAACUUUAUCAGUAAACUUGUAGCCGUUUUGAACAUAGGAUUCAAAGAUAGUCACGUAGUGUUACCAGAAGUAGCCAUCUAUAGUAUAAUAACACUAAGCAAUUACUAUUGAACAUGCAUGCAAAAGCGACAAGAAAAUCAAGAACAAAACAUGGUUGUGACACAUUCGGAGAGGAUUACGCGGAAAAUCGAUCCGCCACGGUUCGUCCUCGCUACGGUAAAAAUCGAUCUGUCCGGACUGUACAGGUGGUAAGCAUCGUUCAUACGACUAUUGCUCAAAAAUAUGGCAGAAAAUGGAUGGUGGUGUUCGAAACUGAUGACAAACGGCACCAAAUUGGGCGUUUUCUUUUAGUUAGAGUGUACUAUAAACUAUAAACCGUCAAAUCUAGUAGAAAACCGAAGGGCGACACAUUUGAAUGAGAUCUUAAGAGCUGUGAUACUUUUAGAGAAAGAUAAGUUUUGAGAGUUGACAUUUGGCCUAAUAAUAGCCUUAUGUGUUAAGGUGCAGCCAUUCCGUGCCAGCGAGUUCGUUUGGAUUAUUUAAUUGACUUCACUGGAUUAUUAUUGUGCUUGCCACUCAAUUUACAAAUGCAAAAAUGAUUAAGACUUUUGCCGAAUUUGUUUUUGUUUCAGUUCCAACCUGGAUCGGUUAUCAAGAUUGGGUUUACCCAAGAGGUAGGUCACCCCGCACACCAACCUUGGGUGUACUUUUUUCUCGGUGUGCUGCAGUGUGCCACAGCUGUGACGAUUGUGCUGGUAUUGACGGUUAUAGAACAAGCUGCGAUUGUUUGUAAAAUACGUAUGUUAUGGUAUAUUUGGCAACACGGUAUUUUUGACAGCUUGAAUAUUUUGGUUUGCAAUUACCGAAUCCGUAGCAGGUCUCCAAGGUUUAGAGAAAAAAAUACUCAAGCAGUUCACAUACAUUCUAACUAAAUUGUUCACCAAACGGAAGGGCAUGGUCUCUCAAACAACUUUACCCAAAAUAGUAUUUUUUUUUUAUAUAUAAAUACACAACAGCGUCACGUAGUGAAAGAAUACCAAACUCUACUGCCAAUCAUCUGGAAGGCCAUGACUACUCAAAUAAUUUCGCCAGAGCUAUCCAGGGUUGCUUCCAUUCAGUAUUGUAAGCGGUCACAUUAGUCGACGCAUUUUCCAUGAUAAUUGACUGCCAUUGCUUCCGACAUUUGCAAAACCAGCUAUCAAAUUAAAAUACCAAACUAAAAUGUUAUCUGACAGGUUUUGUCAUACGACACUGUCGCCGAGGACCGUCACGAAUGUAUGCAUUUUAGUUGUUCUCAUAAUAAGAGCUGCUGAUGUUGUGCUUGUGUGAAUUCUGAAAAUAGCAAGCAACGAUGCCCUAGUUAUAACAUUUCUGAUCAGAAAUGAUUUAAUUUACACUAAAUUGAGUAAUUAGAACAAAAUCACACAUGUCAUGUGAUAGUUAUUUGAUAAUUUUAUUUUUUCUCGAAUGUUGUUGUACCGUUUGUGUUGUGUAAGAGAGACGAUGGUAGAGCAUGAGAGUACGAAUACAAACAGACUGUCGCGCACGACAACGAAGCGAGUGUAGUAAAAAAUGUCAACUGUUUCAACCCGUGCUUCCACUCACUUGCUAUAAAAAAAAAUGUUUUUCGGAAUAAUGAAAUCAUUAGAUUUUAUAAUAAUAUGUUGUACUUGUAAGUUACACGAAAGGGUUGUAAAGUAUUAAUCUGACUCUUAAAAUCUGUCAAUUUGGCUUUCAGAGCCCGACAAUUAGCGUUUUUAUGAUUCGUGAGCGUUUACUCAGAGUGAGCGCUCACGAAUCGUAAAAUCGGCAAUUGUGACGCUCUGAAAGUUAUAUUGACAGGUUUUAUGAGUUAAACACAUACUUUACAACCUCUUUUUGUAACUUACAAGAACUAGUUAUCAAAAUACAUUUUUUUUAUAACAAGUGAGUGAAAGCCACCCUGAAGCUGUCUAGAAAGUUACUGGUCAGAAUUUCAAGGUAUUUUCUCUAGGAUGUUCAGACUACCGCUGCGUUAAAAGCAAAUUGCUAACUAAUCAGAACUAACCAUCUAGUACUCUACUGGCUAGUAAGCAAAAACGGUCACCACUAGGCCACCAAGUCCCUCGUAUCACUUCAAACUAAUUCGACUGUUACGAAAACCUAGAUCAAUAUUAAAACAGGGAAUUUAUCACAAAAGAUCAAAGUAAUGUUCGCAUAAGCUCUCCCUUAGCUCAGUCGGUAAAGGCGCAGCUACAAAGCAAGACCAUGCUGGAGGUGGCCGGUCCGCUCAAGGAAUUUUUCGGGUUGGAAAAUUUAUCGCAAUCCCUGAGCAUAUAAGCAUGAUUGGACUUGCUUUACAAUUAUACCAAUGCAAAAAUGGUACAGGCAUCGAAAGCUCUCAAUUAAUUAUUGUGGAAGUGCAUCUAGAACACUAAGUUGAGAACACGCAAUAAGCUAAUAUGUGAUAUGCAAUAAGCUUGAAAUGUGAAGAAGAAGCAUUGAUGAAUAUACUCAACACGGAAAAAAGUAUGAUAAUUGAAAGUCCAUAAACUGAAAUAAUUUUAAAAUGCAGAACACUUGUCUGUGAACAUACUGCUCAGUGCUGUCAUGGUAAAAUUAGAGCUGGUUGCUUAAUGAUAUUUCAAAUGUGCACCCCCACCCUCCUCAAAUCAAUGCUCUGCUCUAAGGAGCGGCCACACUUGUUAGUAAAGAAUGUAUACACAAUUUAGUUCUCUCUAAUAAAAACUAGGUACGGGUAAAACUGGUCUGCAAUGAGCUCGCCAUAAAAUUUACAAAAAGGCACUGUUUUUCUUUUUCAGGAUACUGGCUUUUCAGUUUAACGAUGGGUCAAAAUCAGGCUUGUUAAUCGAUAGCUCGAAAACGUCUUUCCUUUAAUGUCUGCAAAAUAAAUUCGCAGAGCACCCUGGUCAAAACGUUACGAUCUUUUGUGUCCGAUGUUGGGUUCUUUGGACUUGGCCUGCUUCAGGAGACAUAAACCUUAACCGUCUUUUGUUCAGCGCAUAAAACUUUACAAUCUUAAACUUCUAGACCUGAUGGAAAACUAAAUUUCUGGACGAUAAAACUGUAAUCAGCACUUUUUUAUGAAAUUACUAAUUCUUCAAGAUUUUACAACAUCCUCGAAAGCCUAGGCUUUCCUGGAGUUUUCUGAAGUAAUAAGACUUGUCCUGAAGACCUUUGACCUUCAACGAAGUUCUCUAGGCUUCCUUGAUUUUUCUCAAGGAAAUACGCUCCCGCAUAUUUGCAUAAUGCCUUCAAAUUCUUUUGUCUGAAUAUCCUGAAGCUCCCGCAAUUUAUCUGAAGUUUUCUAUACUUACUUCCAAAACUCAAAUCUUCCAUGAGCUUCUUUAGACUUGCUCAGAGCUUCCGUUCUUUCAUUAGUUCCCUAAAUUUUCAAUGAACUCCUUGAACUUCUCUUACGUUCCACCAAUUUUCUUCCUCUGAAACUAAUAACUCACAAUAAAUGUUUAGUACAUUCCUGAAAUUCUCGGAAUAGUCCAUAAUUCCUAAACACCUCUUGAAAAAUCCUCAAUUCAAUUAACGGAACUGCUCUGAAGUUUUCUGAUCUUCCUAAGAAUACUCGGAACAUCCCUGACUGCUUCCUAAAAAUCUUUAAUUUAUUUGAAGCUCCCUGGACUGCUCUGAAAAUCUCGAAAAUUGGCUAAAGUUUUUGGAAAUUCACUGUCUUUAAAGUUUCUACGAUUUCUUUGAAGUAAAUUUAACUACCCUGAGGUUAACUGAUCUUCCCUGACAUGCUAUUCUGAAGUUCUCGCAGGUCACCUGAGGUUUUUGGUACUGCCCUGAAAUAAAUGUCAAAAAAAACCUUAAAACUCCUUUGAAAAUCUCUGGAUUUAGCGGUGCCGGUGGUGUAGUAGUAAGCGUGAUUACCUCUCACCCCAGCAGGCCUCAGUUCAAUCCCAGUCGGCGCCGCUGGGAUGUUCUGAAGCAUAACAUCUCUGAUCACGUGGGAAGUAAAGUCGUUGGUCCCCGGUUCAUGAGUUGAUGGGUCGAUAGAUAGGGUCGAGAUGUGGGAGCUGUCUUCCUGGCGUCGGUGCUCAGCACGGAAAACAAGAUCGACGGAAAACAAAUCAAGGGAAAAAAAAAUCUCUGGAUCUUUGUUCCAAAAUAUGACGAAAGAUUUUUUAACAUUUUUAAGGAAUUCUUUGGACAUCCCAGAUAUUCUCGAAACUUCUUAAUUUAUCCUGAAUCUCAUGGUGCUGUCUUUAAUUUAUAGAAACUAACCUUAACUGAUCUUUAAAUUUCCCAGAAAGUCUGGACAUUACUGAAGUUACUCAAGUAGCACAGAAACAGGAGGAUAAUAAAACUGGGACACAGCUGGAAAUUGUUUGGAAAGGAGGGGAUGGUCACAUCAAACUCGAACAUCAGACCCUUACUAUCCUGCAGCCUGUUCAUAAAACUUACCCGCAAUCCACAGUAUGUUCUUCCAUUCCUUGGAACUUCUUCCUACAUUUUUGAGAACCAGCAAUCUUUCCUGAAAUUCUUCCUACUCUUUUGAUAGUGUCCCUUUUUUCCUUAAUUUGUUAUCCGUCAAUCUUGUUUUCCGUACCAAUGGUUACCGACGUCAAGAAGGCAGCUCCCACACCAGGACCCUACCUAUGAACUCAUCAACUCAUGGACCGGGGACCAACGGCUUUACCCAAGUAACCAACAAGCCCGCU